AGUUUCAAGGAUACAAGUUAACCCUUUCACAGCGCUGCUCCUGUUACUCACGAUGUGACUGGGCCGGAGGGGCCACAAGCCCACGGUAACAACACACAGUCCCUGCCAGGCUGAGCCAGUGACAAUAAGGAUCACGUGACCCCAUAGGAACACCAGUCACUACUGACAUCAGCCGAGUCCUAUGAAGAUCUCAGUCUGUCACCAGCGAAGGUUCCAGGGUUUCACAUUUGAGAGAAAAUCCACUACACCUUGGUCACAUGGUAUAAUCACGUGUUCUGAUCCGACCGUCACGUGCCCGUUUUCAAUUCCACUGUAUCAAUCUGUGUCACAGUCAGUACAAGCCCCUCCCCCGUCCCACCGACUCCCCGCGGCUCUUCUACUCAUUAGCGGCAAUUCUGCGUUCCACCUCGGAAACACAAAGACAAGCUUCGCUCCGUGUGCCCCUCCUCAGCUUUAUACCGUAACGCGCUCUGCUAAACCCCGGGACACCCGCUCCUCACAAAGCGCCACAUUCCAAUUCUACUUUACACUCGCGAUAGCCAAUAAUGGCGCCUCAUACAGCAGCGGCGUACCGGAAGUGACGCUAUAACCUGUAAUAUGGCGGCUUCCGCUUUUUGUUCGUGAUAGGAGCGAAAAUAAAUGCGCCAAUGACAUUUUGUACAAAGUUUCCUGUGCUGAGUAAUAAUUGCGCUCGUUACUCUGAGGGGAGGAAUGUUUUACAUAUAAACUGUACCAAACAGGGAAACUUCUGCUCUCUGUCCUCCUCACACAGACCUCGUAUUGUCUCCUGACUCUGUACUGACCUGUCACUCCCUCUCCUACUCCUGUGUCCCUGACAUUCCCAUCCCCUGUACUCACAUCUCCAGCCUCAUCUACUGGGUUCUCCAGAGAUGGAAACAAGGAGGUUAGAGGGGAAAUGGGAGAAUGAAGAGCCGGACACUGAGGAUCCUCUGGACACAAUAAAGAGGGAAAUGGAUCCCGUUCCUGGGGCCGCUUUCCCAGAACAGGAGCCACAAAUAUUACAAAUAAAGAUAAAGGAAGAAGAAUCGGACUCUGAAGAUCAUCUGACUUCAAAUGAAAGGGCAUCUGCUACACUUACUGAUGCAGAUGAUGUUGUGGUGAAGAAGAGGAGACAGUGGGUUCAGCCGAUGUGCUAUCAGCGCUUUUCCAAAGGUCAGUUUCACCUGCUGUAUGGAAAGCUACGGAAAAACCCUGAGAAGUUCUUUGCCUACAUCCGGAUGUCCAUCUCCACCUUCGAUGAGCUCCUGAAGCUUGUUCAUCCUCAUCUCCAUCGGAUGGAUACGAAUAUGCGCCAGGCCAUAUCCCCAGCGGAACGACUGGUUGUAACAUUAAGGUUCCUUGCUACGGGCAGCACGUUUGCAGCUUUGCACUACCAGUUCCUGAUUGGAAGGGCUACGAUUGGCAUGAUAGUGCGGGAAACCUGCAAGACCAUCUGGAAUGUGACUAAAGAUCUGGUCAUGCCCGAACCAAACACUGAGAAGUGGAUGAAGAUCUCUGAGGGCUUCUAUGAGAAAACCAAUUUCCCCAACUGCAUCGGGGCCCUAGAUGGCAAGCACAUCCGUGUCACCAGACCCCCCAAUACCGUGUCCAAGUCUUGCUCCAAGAUCUUCUUCACGGUUUUGUUGGCCCUGGUGGACAGCAGUUACUGUUUCACCUGUAUUGAUGUGGGAGCCUAUGGCAGCGAUGGAGACACCAGCGGGUUUUUUAAAUCCAACCUCGGAAAGAUGGUGAAUGAGGGGAAACUUAACUUUCCUUCAAAUAAACCUCUGCCAGGCACCAAAGGCCCCGCGCUCCCAUAUGUUAUAGUGGCUGAUGAGGCAUUUGGAAUCUCGACAAAUGUAAUGAGGCCUUAUCCAAUCAGAAACCUGACUGGAACUAAACGAGCUUUCAAUUACAGGCUGACCAGGGCGAGGAGAAUGGUGGAAUGCGCAUUUGGAAUACUGGCAAAUAAAUGGCGGGUGUUUCAUUCUGCUAUACAGCUCAAUACCGCCUUUGUUGAUGACAUUAUUAAAUGCGCAUGUGUGCUGCAUAAUCUGGUGCUGAUGAGAGAUGGGAUUGUAUUUGAGGAUUCCAUAUUGGAUCCUUUACCUGGAGUGCCCUGGAACGUCGUGCGAGGACCUAAUAGCGGAAUGAGUGUUCGAGAUGCCUACGCCCAGUAUUUUGCUUCUCCAGAGGGAGAGGUCCCAUGGCAAAAUGAGAAUAUGUAAAGAAUAUUCACAAUCAUGUUCUUUUACUCCUUUUAUAGAGGAUUAUCUGUAAGCAGAGGGGUUUGAAGAGAGAGCCUAAAAUGUUACACCUGGAUUGUGAGCAGUGCAGGGGGAGAAUGAAUGGUAUAGCCCACUACAGACGGCAGACAUAUUGGAGGUUUUCCUUCUAUAGCUAAAGAAAGCCACGACUGAGCACAUGAGAUUAAUAAUCAACCUCCCAAUGACAUUAUGCCAUAUCCUGGGGCCACUUCUGACUUGUAGUAAAAUGAAGGAUAUUGUAACACGACAGGAGGACUGUGAGCGGUUAUAGAGGAGACUGUGGAGAGAAACAAUGGCAGUUUAAAAAGGAUUAUUCUGUCAAGUGAGAGAUAAUAAUGUAUUAGGCACUUUUUAUUUCCAUUGGACAAACAAUGGGGAAAAAAAAAAAAAAGUAUGGUGACCCUUUAAUUUUGUUUUAUGAAGUGUUCCAUUGCCCCUGUACUUCACUGAUUGUAUAAGUCACAUACAAGUAGAAUAGAGGGGCCUGAAUUGUUUAUAUGAGGGGGUUCCUCAUAUGUAGAUAUAUGUUGCCUUCACCGAUUCAGUUCCAGCAGGAAUCAAGUGAAAUCAGGAGCAGGUUGUUUAUAUGGGGGUUACUCACCCCUAAUGCUGCGCCACUUGUUUCUCUCAUUAUAGAAAGUCGUCUGUGGAGCCCUGAUGAAGGCUGGGGCUAUAAUUAACCCUAUUAUGGGCCAUAAUGAGCCCGUGGGCCUCCAGUAGGACAGUGAUGAGUGAGAGGUGCAGGUACAAUGGUCUCUUGCUGCUGCUUUGGUUAAUAUAACCAUGGGGGAAUAGUCAGAUUACACUAAGGGCACUGAGCAACAUCUUUGUAUUGUGAGGCUUUUGUCAGUCAUAAAAUCUGAAUAAAGUCCAUAUGAAACACAAUA